CAUAAAGCGGGCGGCGGGGGCCGGGCGGGCAGGAGGGAGCCGCCGCCGGCAGCAGGGCUCGGCCGGGACCCGCUGGCGCAGUAUGUCCCAAUGGAGUCAAGUUCAACAACUGGAAAUAAAGUUUUUGGAGCAGGUAGACCAGUUCUAUGAUGAUAACUUCCCCAUGGAAAUCCGGCACCUACUAGCACAAUGGAUAGAAAGCCAAGAUUGGGAGGCUGCAUCCAACAAUGAAGCAAUGGCAACCAUCCUUCUACAGAAUCUGCUAAUACAAGUGGAUGAACAGCUGGACCGGGUUUCACAGGAGAAGAAUCUUCUCUUGAUACACAACCUGAAAAGAAUCAGGAAGCUGCUGCAGGGCAAAUAUCACGGUAAUCCCAUGCAUAUAGCAGUAAUCAUCUCAAACUGUUUAAGAGAAGAAAGAAGAAUAUUGGCUGCAGCUAGCAUGCCUGUACAGGGGCCACUGGAAAAGUCUCUGCAGAACUCUGUGGUUUCAGAACGGCAACGAAACGUAGAACACAAAGUGUCAGCCAUCAAGAACAGUGCUCAGAUGACUGACCAAGAUGUCAAGUAUUUGGAAGACUUGCAAGAGGAAUUUGACUUCAGGUAUAAAACAAUACAAAGCUUAGAGCAGAGCGACAAAAACAGCGUCCUCAUUAAACAGGAAAUGUUGGCAUUGCAGGCAAUGCUCAAUACUUUAGACUACAAGAGAAAGGAAGUACUCAGUAAAAUAGGGCGUGUGAUUCAUGAAAUCGAUAUGCUUAUGAGCAACAUGCUGACUGAAGAGCUGCUAGACUGGAAGAGACGGCAGCAGAUUGCCUGCAUCGGGGGUCCUCUCCACGGUGGGCUUGACCAGCUCCAGAACUGUUUUACGCUGUUGGCAGAGAGUCUUUUUCAAGUUAGAAGGCAACUAGAAAAACUGGACGAACUGUUGACCAGACUGACUUACGAUGGGGACCCUAUCCCAGUGCAAAGACCUCAGCUGCUGGAGAAAGUCAACUUCCUGCUCUACAACCUUUUCCGGAAUUCGUUCGUGGUUGAAAGGCAGCCCUGCAUGCCAACACAUCCCCAGAGGCCAAUGGUUCUCAAAACAUUAAUACAGUUCACUGUUAAAUUAAGGUUGCUAAUUAAAUUGCCAGAGCUAAACUACCAGAUCAGAGUGAAAGCAACUAUUGACAAGAAUGUUUCAACUGUAAGUAAUCGUAGAUUCGUUCUGUGUGGAACACACGUGAAAGCAAUGAACAUGGAUGAAUCCGCAAAUGGAAGCCUGUCGGUAGAAUUUCGACAUUUGCAACCCAAAGAAAUGAAAUCAAGUGCUGGAAGCAAAGGAAAUGAGGGCCCGCACAUGGUGACCGAGGAACUGCACUCCAUCAGCUUUGAAACACAGGUCUGCCUGUACGGACUGACUAUCAAUUUGGAAACCAGCUCUUUGCCUGUGGUGAUGAUUUCCAAUGUUAGCCAACUACCCAACGCAUGGGCUUCCAUUAUUUGGUACAAUUUAUCUACCAACGAUCCUCAGAAUUUGUCUUUCUUCAACAAUCCCCCUGCAGCCACUUUAAGUCAGCUCUUAGAAGUACUGAGCUGGCAAUUUUCAUCGUAUGUUGGUCGUGGACUCAAUUCUGAGCAGCUCAACAUGCUGGCAGAGAAACUUAUGGGACAACAAGUCAGUUACAAUGAUUACCAACUAUCCUGGGCAAAGUUCUGCAAGGAACAUUUGCCUGGAAAGUCUUUUACCUUUUGGGUUUGGCUUGAAGCCAUCCUGGACUUAAUUAAAAAACACAUUCUUCCUCUUUGGAUUGAUGGGUACGUAAUGGGAUUUGUAAGCAAAGAGAAGGAACGAAUUUUGCUCAAAGACAAGACACCGGGAACAUUUUUAUUAAGGUUUAGUGAAAGCAAUCUGGGUGGAAUUACCUUUACUUGGGUGGAUCAGUUAGAAAAUGGAGAUGUAACUUUUCAUUCGGUGGAACCCUAUAACAAAGGCCGCUUAUCUGCACUGCCUUUUGCCGACAUACUGCGCGAUUACAAAGUUAUUAUGGCAGACAACGUUCCUGAAAACCCUCUGAAGUACCUGUAUCCAGACAUUCCCAAAGAUAAGGCCUUUGGCAAACACUACAGCUGUCAGCCAAAUGAAGUCUCAAAGCCCUCAGAUGGAGGAGGCAAAGGUUAUGUUCCUUCUGUAUUUAUCCCAGUCUCCAAAAUCUUAAAUGAUUCUACAGAUCCACAUUCUCCAUCAGAUCUUCUUCCAAUGUCUCCAAGCGUUUAUGCUGUGCUGAGAGAACACCUGAGUCCCACAGUGAUUGAAACUGCCCUGAGUUCUCCUUACUCAACUGACUGAAGUUCACAUACUGGAAAAAUUAGUAAUCAUGUCAACACCGGCUGGGUUAAAGAUGCAGUAAUUUUUUUCAUCAUCUUUGUAAAUCAGCAUUUCCUGGAAACCAUUAUGAUGUUAUUCUUGGGCCUCUUUCUGUUAUCAAUACCAUGUAAACCAGGAAUCUUCUCCCUAGGGAUUCCAGAUAGCCUCCUGCAAGUCAGAAUUACUGUCCUCACUGAUAAAAGGCCAAAUCCUUUCUGGCUAGGAGGUCCUGUCAGUUCAGUGGGGUCUGGCAGGGAUAAAUUUUACUUGCAGAAUUAACGUCCAUAGAAUUGUUGUAAAUACAAGAGUAUAACAAAAUGCGUUGCUUCUGAGAACAGCAUAAAACGAUAACUAAAGACAUUAAUAUGUUUGGAGAAAUUAGGAUUUAUUAUGUUAAAAAGUUUCUGUUUAAUCAUCAUACGAUUAGUUCAGCUUCUAUUUUAAAGCAAAGAUUCUCAUCCCUCUGAGUUCAAAUGUCACAUAGAUGUCCAGGGUUUGCUUGUUUUCCAAAGAUGAACUACCUUCAGCAUAGAUUUUUAUCUGCCAGCACAGCAGAAGUUGUGGAAGGCAGGCAGGCAGGGAAAAGAAGGGAGUUCCAGAAAGGAAACACACAAAACUUACGGUGUCAAAAAGGUUACCUCCAUUUUGCCACUGGAAAAGAGGGUUAGUAAAACCUACCCCUCUCACAAAAUAUUUGCAGAAGCAAAUCUAUUUGUGGACGAAGCGCACAGAUACUACAGCACAUACUAUCAGAAAGUCUACAAAGAAAAAAUCCUGAUCUGACAGAGUUUGGAUGCUAUCUGGUAAACACAGACUGGGAAGCAGACUUUUUAAAAAUAGUUACUGAAGAGCUGCAGCAUUUGCUGACCACUGGGCAAUUUCUGCUACAUGACAGAAUAUUACAUGCCUGUCAGUGACUCAUUUAAUAAGCAUAAUAACUAGUUUUUAUAUAAGUGGUAAAAUUGCUAUUUUUAUUUUUUUUCGGGCACUGUUUAGUGCUAGGUUUGGGUUGUUUGGUUUUGUUGUUGUUUUUUCCCCCAAAUAUUAACCCUUAAAAACUCUGUUAAUAGAAUAAUAAACAGUCAAUUCCAAGGCCACUGCAUUUCAUGCAUGCAGGCUCAUUCAAGAUUUAAUUGUUGUCUACAGAAUAUAUGGUUAAAACAUGCAUACGACGACUUGAGCAUUUGCACCUCAUACUCUUCUGAAGUAAGUACAAGUUAGACAUCUGGGGUGAAAACAUAACCUCCUUGAAUCAGUAAGACCUGGAUUUUACUUGCAUUUCUCCUUUCUUACUCACUCCUUUCACCCAUACUGUUGAUGUUAGUUGAAAGUAAGUGAAUGGAAAGAGUAAUGAGAUACUUCUGUGAUACAUGGGAAUAGAUCUGAAACGAAUGAACAUGUCUCUGUUCAUUAAUCUGAGUGAUUCAAAGCAAGCUGCAGAUAAGUCAUUUUCUCUCAGAAAGCAUCAUGUAUAAAAUAAUUGUCCAGAACAACAAGAGCAAUUAUGUAUAUAGUUUGGUAACAUCUGUUAUUUAUAUGAUCAGUAUGAAUAAAAACUGAUUUUGGCUUAAAG